GGCGGCUUUUUUUUUUCGGCUUCUUAUUUAAAAGAACGCGAGGCAGAUAAUCGCGUUUUGAGUUUUUUUUUUGUUCAUACCUUUAAUUUCUUUUACUUCCUAAUCAUGCUUGCUAUUACUUCUCGUGCUUUGAAGACCUCCGCUGCCGUCAAGUCGUUCCGUCCUUUGACGGCUAUUCGCACCAAGGUCACCUUGCCCGACCUUCCUUACGAAUACGAUGCUCUUGAACCCCAUAUCAGCGGUGAAAUUAUGAAGAUCCAUCACUCCAAGCAUCAUCAGACCUAUGUCAAUGCUUUCAAUGCCGCCGAAGAGAAGCUCCAGAACGCUUUCCAAGCCAACAACUUGACCGAGCAGUUGGCCAUUCAAAACGCUAUCAAGUUUAACGGUGGCGGUCACAUCAAUCACAGCCUUUUCUGGCAAAAUCUUGCCCCCAAGGGUCAGGGUGGCGGUAACUUGACCAAGGGUGCUUUGUCUUCGGCUAUCGACAAGGAAUUCGGUUCUUUCGACAACUUUGUCACCAAAUUCAAUGCGGCCGCUGCUGGUGUUCAAGGUUCUGGCUGGGCUUGGUUGGGUUACAACAAGGAAGCCAAGCGUCUUGAAAUCGCUACCACUGCCAACCAGGAUCCUUUGCUCGCCUUGGUGCCUCUUUUGGGUGUUGAUGUUUGGGAACACGCUUACUACUUGCAAUACAAGAACGUCCGCCCCGAUUACCUCAAGGCCAUCUGGGAAGUCAUCAACUGGGAGACCGUGGCUGAGCGUUUUGCCAAGGCUCAGUAAGAAGAGCGAUCGUCUUUUUACCAAGUCAAUAACACCCGUGUAAUUCAUAAACAAAAAAAAAAGUACAGCAUGAAGGAUAGCUGAUCAUCCUCCCUUGUAAUAAAGUUCGAAUCACCACUAACAAAUAGUCC